AUGAGCAACGUUCCCAGGUCUUUAACCGACUCUUCUUUGACCCUUUUCAAGCUCGCCAUUUCUGGAUCUGAUCUCUGCAAUAACUACAAACACCAUGUGAAUUUUCACCUUCACAUACAGCACCUUCAUCAUCAUGAGAAGGAGGUGAAAGAUAUUCCGAAAGGGUGUGUGGCGAUCAUGGUGGGUCAAGGGGAGGAGCAACAGAGGUUCGUGAUCCCGGUGAUUUAUAUCAACCACCCGCUCUUCAUGGAGCUGCUGAAGGUGGCCGAGGAAGAGUAUGGAUUCGAUCAGAAAGGUCCCAUCACCAUCCCUUGCCACGUGGAGGAGUUUCGGAAUGUUCAAGGCAUGAUCGAUAAAGAUCGUCACCAUCACCAUCACCAUAUCUGGUGUUUUAGGGUUUGAAGAACAGUAUUCGUCUACAUUUGUU